CUGACGGGUGUCCACACGCUUUGGUGGUGUAUAAUGGACAGCAUGUUCGACCUGAAGAAGGACUGGGGCAUCUCGUUCGCAGGAUGCGGCUUCAUGGGGAUUUAUUAUGCCGGGAUCGCCAGCUGCAUCCUGGAGAGGUUCCCCCGCCUCCUGCAGGACGCCUCCAGGAUCUAUGGCGCGUCUGCAGGGGCUCUUAUGGCUGCUGUGGUCACUCUAGGAAUCCCCAUUGACCAGUGCUGUGCUGACCUGAUGCGCAUGGCCAGAGAGGCCCGCAGGCACAGCCUGGGCCCGCUGCACCCGGCCUACGACCUGCUGCAGCUGGUCAAGGAGUCCCUGCUGGACAAGCUUCCGGAGGACGCUCACCUGCGGGCCUCAGGCAGGCUGUGCGUGUCCCUGACCCGCGUGUCCGACGGGAGGAACAUCCUGGUCUCCCAGUUUGAGAGCAGAGACGAGCUCAUCCAGGCCCUGAUUUGCAGCUGCUUCGUGCCCCUCUACUGCGGCGUUAUCCCCCCCACCUACCGCGGAGUGCGCUAUGUGGACGGCGCUGUGAGCGACAACCUGCCCGGCCGUCAUGUGGGGAACACCCUGGCCGUGUCCCCGUACGCCGGGGAGAGUGACCUGUGCCCCCGGGCCAGCACGCCCAGCUUCCACCAGGUCAACUUCAACAACGUCAGCAUCCAGGUCAACUCAGAGAACCUGUACCGGGUGACCAGCACCUUCUUCCCGCCGGACGCUGAGGCCAUGGCCAGAAUCUGCCAGGGCGGAUACCUGGAUGCUCUGCGCUUCUUGCGAGAAAACAAUCUGAUCGGCGCUGAGGGCUCUCUGAGGGGGCUGGGGGGUGAUGCCACCGGCCGCGUGUGUUGCGACCAGCUCAAUGAGUCAGGUGCAGCCACGCAGUCCAGCGGGGGGGCAGAGCCGCAGGGACUAAAGCAGGCGCCGGCUGACCACUGGUGGUUGGAUCCAAAACUCAUAGAAAACCUUCCAGUCAGCAUUCAAAGGGUCCUAUGUCAGGCCUGUCGGGACACGCACAGAGCUGCUGGCCUGCUGACCCGCAUGACGGACUGCUUGCCAAAGAGCGUGGCUUCGUAUCUGCCCUUUGAGUCGGCGUGGUCACUGGCCCAGAGGGUAAAGAGAUGGAUUCCAGAUGUCCCCGCAGACUUUAAUCGGCUCUUCAGCAUGGUUAGAGACGAGCCGGCUCUGAGCAGCCAGGUGGAGGACAACAUCAGCCAUCCACCUCUGCGCAGAUGCACCAGCCUGCCCUCAGACCUGAACCAGCGGGCUGAGGCACAAUAGAACCAGCCCAGAGGAAACCCCGUGCCUGGAGCCACAGCUGGACCGGGCGGCCCGCUGUGGCCCUGCUGAAGUCCAGCUGCAGGCAGCUGCCGGCCGGCUGUGUGAGGAGCGAGC